GGGGCGGGGUCUCCAUCCUCAUUCCCAGAAGAGAGGCGGACUUGAGGAAGAGGAGAAAGAGAGGUGUUCCCUGCACCGAAAUGCAUUGUGGCAACAGCUGAGAGAGUCCCAGAAGUGGCCCAGUUUACGCCUCCUCCUCCUCCGUCCUUUUCACUGGCAACGCAAUGGCCUCUGGUAAACCCUCUGAACCGUCUCUUCUUAAAGAUGGAGUGGAAAGAGGAGCCAGGCAGCUUCCUCAGGCCCUCUUGACCUUUGAGGAGGUGGCUGUGUUUUUCACAGAGGAAGAGUGGGCUCUGCUGGAUCCAGGCCAAAGAGCUCUGCACAAGGAAGUCAUGGGGGAGAAUUAUGAGUUGGUGGCCUCUCUAGCAGAGACUCUAAUACUCAAGUCUGAGCUUAUCUCCUCACUUGGAACAGAAAAAUACAGGGAUGUUGUCCUGGACCAAUUGAGAGGUGAUGAAGAAGACAAUCAGAAUUAUGAGGGGCCAUCUGUGAAGUACUUCAGUGUGAGUGAAGACCUUAGCCAACAUCUACAAACUAACACAGGAGAGAAACCCUUUAAAUGUAUGGAGUGUGGAAAGAGUUUCAGUCAGGGUGGAACCCUUACUCGACAUCAACGGACUCACACAGGGGAGAAACCAUUUUGGUGUAUGGAUUGUGGGAAGGGCUUCAGUGACAGUGGAACCCUUACUAGACAUCGACGGAUUCACACAGGGGAGAAACCAUUUAAAUGUAUGGAUUGUGGGAUGGGUUUCAAUGAAGGUAGAAAACUUACUAGGCAUCAACUGAUUCACACAGGGGAAAAACCAUUUACAUGUAAGGAUUGUGGAAAGAGCUUCUUUGAGAGUAGAGUUCUUAGAGCACAUCAACGAAUUCACACAGGGGAGAAACCAUAUAGAUGUAUGGAAUGUUGGAAGGGUUUCAGUGAAGUUGCAGCAUUUAGAAGACAUCAAAGAACUCACACAGGGGAGAAACCAUUUAGAUGUAUGAAUUGUGGGAAGUGCUUCAGAGAAAAUGGGAAACUUACUGUACAUCUACGAACCCACACAGAGGAGAAACCAUAUAGAUGUAUGGAGUGUGGGAAGGGUUUCAGAGAAAAUGGGAAGCUUAAUGUACAUCUACGAAUUCACACAGGGGAGAAACCCUUUAGAUGUAUGGAGUGUGGAAAGAGCUUCAGGCAGAGUGCAAACCUUACUGAACAUAAACGAACUCAUACGGGGGAGAAACCAUUUAAAUGUAUGGAAUGUGGAAAGAGCUUCGCUGUUAGUUCAGCACUUAGACUACAUCAACGAACUCACACAGGGGAAAAACCAUUCAGAUGUAUGGAGUGUGGAAAGAGCUUCAGUGAUAGGGGAAAGCUUACAAUGCAUCAACGAACUCAUACCGGGGAGAAACCAUAUAAAUGUUUGGAGUGUGGAAAGAUAUUCAAUCAGAGUGCAAGCCUUACUAUACAUCAACGAAUCCACACAGGGGAGAAACCAUUUAAAUGCAUUGUGUGUGGAAAGGGCUUCAGAGAAAAUAGACAACUUGCUGUACAUCUACGAACCCACACAGAGGAGAAACCAUAUAGAUGUGUGGAGUGUGGGAAGGGUUUCAGAGAAAAUGGGAAACUUACUGUACAUCUACGAAUUCACACAGGGGAGAAACCAUUUAAAUGUAUGGAGUGUGGAAAGAGUUUCAGUCGUAGUGGACAUUUUAGAAUACAUCUACGAAUUCACACAGGGGAGAAACCCUUUAGAUGUACAGAGUGUGGAAAGAGCUUUCGUCACAAAGGAAAUCUUACUGUACAUCAACAAACUCACAGGGGAGAAAAUGCAUCGUGGCAACAGCUAAGGGAGUCCCAGAAGUGGCCCAGUUACACUUCCUCCUCUGUCCUUUCCACUGGCAACGCAAUGGCCUCUGAGACACCCUCUGAACGGUCUCUUCUUAAAGAUGGAGGAGAAAGAGGAGCCAGACAGCUUCCUCAGGUAGCGAAAGAGCAACGGGAGCAGGCCCUCUUGACCUUUGAGGAGGUGGCUGUAUUUUUCACGGAGAAGGAGUGGGCUCUGCUGGAUCCAGGCCAAAGAGCUUUGCACAAGGAAGUCAUGGAGGAGAAUUAUGAGAUGGUGGCCUCUUUAGCAGAGACUCUGAUACUCAAGUCUGAGCUCAUCUCCUCGCAUGGAACAGAAAAAUACAGGGAUGUUGUCCUGGACCAAUUGAGAGAUGAUGGAGAAGAUUAUCAGAAUUUUGAGGGGCCAUCUGUGAAGUACUUCCAUGCGAGUGAACACCUUAGCACACAUCUACAAACUAACACAGGAGAGAAACCCUUUAAAUGUAUGGAGUGUGGAAAGAGUUUCAGUCAGAGUGGAAAUUAUACUCGACAUCAACGGACUCACACAGGGGAGAAACCAUUUUGGUGUAUGGAUUGUGGGAAGGGCUUCAGUGACAGUGGAACCCUUACUAGACAUCGACGGAUUCACACAGGGGAGAAACCAUUUAAAUGUAUGGAUUGUGGGAUGGGUUUCAAUGAAGGUACAAAACUUACUAGGCAUCAACUGAUUCACACAGGGGAGAAACCAUUUUGGUGUAUGGAUUGUGGGAAGGGCUUCAGUGACAGUGGAACCCUUACUCGACAUCAACGGACUCACACAGGGGAGAAACCAUUUUGGUGUAUGGAUUGUGGGAAGGGCUUCAGUCACAGUGGAACCCUUACUAGACAUCGACGGAUUCACACAGGGGAGAAACCAUUUAAAUGUAUGGAUUGUGGGAUGGGUUUCAAUGAAGGUAGAAAACUUACUAGGCAUCAACUGAUUCACACAGGGGAGAAACCAUUUACAUGUAAGGAUUGUGGAAAGAGCUUCUUUGAGAGUAGAGUUCUUAGAGGUCAUCAACGAAUUCACACAGGAGAGAAACCAUAUAGAUGUACAGAGUGUGGGAAAGGUUUCAGUGAAGUUUCAGCACUUAGAAGACAUCAACGAACUCACACAGGGGAAAAACCCGUUAGAUGUAUGAAUUGUGGGAAGUGCUUCAGAGAAAAUGGAAAACUUACUGUACAUCUGCGAACCCACACAGAGGAGAAACCAUAUAGAUGUAUGGAGUGUGGGAAGGGUUUCAGAGAAAAUAGGAAGCUUACUGAACAUCUGCGAACCCACACAGGGGAGAAACCCUUUAGAUGUAUGGAGUGUGGAAAGAGCUUCAGGCAGAGUGCAAACCUUACCCAACAUAAACGAACUCAUACAGGGGAGAAACCAUUUAAAUGUAUGGAAUGUGGAAAGAGCUUCGCUGCUCGUUCAGCACUUAGACUACAUCAACGAACUCACACAGGGGAAAAACCAUUCAGAUGUAUGGAGUGCGGAAAGAACUUCAGUGAUAGGGGAAAGCUUACAAUGCAUCAACGAACUCAUACAGGGGAGAAACCAUAUAAAUGUUUGGAGUGUGGAAAGGGAUUCAGUCAGAGUGCAAGCCUUACUGUACAUCAACGAACCCACACAGAGGAGAAACCAUAUAGAUGUAUGGAGUGUGGGAAGGGUUUCAGAGGAAAUGGGAAACUUACUGUACAUCUACGAAUUCACACAGGGGAGAAACCCUUUAGAUGUACAGAGUGUGGAAAGAGCUUUAGUCACAAAGGAAAUCUUAUCGUACAUCAACGAACCCAUACAGGGGGGGAAACCAUUUAAAUGUUUGGAUUGUGGGAAGUACUUCUGUAAUGGUGUAACUCUUGUUGUUGUUUAGUUGUUUAGUCAUGUCCGACUCUUCGUGACCCCAUGGACCAUAGCACGCCAGGCACUCCUGUCUUGCACUGCCUCCUGCAGUUUGGUCAAACUCAUGUUCGUAGCUUCGAGAACACUGUCCAACCAUCUUGUCCUCUGUCGUCCCCUUCUCCUAGUGCCCUCAAUCUUUCCCAACAUCAGGGUCUUUUCCAAGGAUUCUUCUCUUCUCAUGAGGUGGCCAAAGUAUUGGAGCCUCAGCUUCACGAUCUGUCCUUCCAGGGAGCACUCAGGGCUGAUUUCCUUAAGAAUGGAUAGGUUUGAUCUUCUUGCAGUCCAUGGGACUCUCAAGAGUCUCCUCCAGCACCACAAUUCAAAAGCAUCAAUUCUUCGGCGAUCAGCCUUUAUGGUCCAGCUCUCACUUCCAUACAUCACUACUGGGAAAACCAUAGCUUUAACUAUACGGACCUUUGUCGGCAAGGUGAUGUUUCUAAGGUGUAACUUUUAGAAAACACCAACGAUCUCACAGAGAAGCAACAGUUUAAAUAUCAGGAGUGUGGAAAGCGUUUCAGUUAUAAUUGAGUUCUUAACACCUACGGACUCCCACAGGGAAGAACCCAAUCGGUUUUAUAGAGAUUUUAGGACGAAGGAUUGGUUCUAGAGUCCUUGAACUGUAAAGUUGAAAGGCAAGGGUCUUCUAGUCCAAUUACCUGUUAUAAGAACGUUAGCAUAAAACCCAUUUUUCUAAUUGCAAUAAUGGAACAAUGAAAACACAUGAAGGCUGAAACCAUCGUUGUGCAGUAAACUCUGGAAUGAUAUAUAUAUGAAGAACUAAAGAAACUACUGAAAUACAACUUCAAAAAAAAAAAAAAAACCCCAGAGGUAUUCUUGCUCAGUCUCUUGCCAAAGGAAAUAGGAAGAUCAAAGAAAACAUUGUUCAUGUAUGGAGUAGUGGCAGGGAGAAUCAUAAUAGCAAGAAACUGGAAAAACAAAAUAGUACCCACGAUAAUGGACUGGCAAGUAUUAAUGGUAGAAUAUAUGCAGCUUGCAAAAACAACAGGCAGAGUGAGAGGGCAGAUGAAACAAGAAGUCAAUUAGGAAUGGGGAGUAUUUAAAGAAUAUUUAAAUAAUAAUAAUAUAAAAGAAACUCCUCUGGCAGAACUAUACUGAACCUGGUAUAACAUCAAUUUUUAUUACAAAUGAAUAUCAGAUUUAGAGAUAAAGAUUUAGAGAUAAAGGGAAAAAUAAAGGGUAAUAAACUUACGAAACGUGUGAAAAUACUUAGACAGCAGAUAAAUUACAGCGAGUUUAAUUGGAGGUCAGCUGAAAGUUUGAAUCAUAGAUUAGAAGCUUAAAAUGAAAUAAGGUUAUUGGUUAUUGUUUAAUAGGAAUUGUUAGCAGAUUGGAGAAUCUGGCAGUGUUUAUGUUUUAUAUGUUUGUUGGUCAUAUGUAAGGCUUAUAUGUGUGUAUGUAAUUGUAUGUUGUGUGUUUUUGUUCUUGUCUUAAAUUUUUAAUCAAUAAAGAUAUUAUUUUUUAAAAAAUAUUAAGAGUGUGGAAAGCAUUUCAGUUAUAAUGGAGUUCUUAAUUAACACCUAUGGACUCCCACAGUGAAGAACCCAAUCAGUUUUAUAGAGAGUGCCAGGUUUCCCCAAUAGAAUUCACUUGUCUCUCAUACCAACAAACUCUUAUAUGGAAAAUGCAUUGUAAAUGCAUGGAGUUUGUUUUAUGUUUUGGUGUUUGUAUGGAAUGUUGUACAUGUAUUAAAGCAACAAGGGCAAUGUCUCAUAAUAGUAAGUUAAAUGAAAGAUACCAUGUACUGUCAAGGAGUGUCCGUUGAUAUUUGGUCUUUGCAAAGAGAAUUGUGAAUGGAGAGUUGUGAAAAGUAGAACACAACAGUGGUGUUUAGGAAGCUGGAUAGGCUCUGGAAUCCUGUAACUGUAGAGUUGAAAGGGACUCCAAGGAUUAUUCUAGUCCACCCCCCUGUUAUAAGAACAACAGCAGAAAGCCCAUUUUUGUAAUUGCAAUAAAGGAACAAUGAAAACACAGAAAGACUGAAAAGUAAUCCUUAAACCGUCCUAAACUUAAUCCUUAAACUGCCCCCUCCCCAGCUGGACUUGAUGGUCCAGAUGUUAUUAAUCCAAGCCUCUAUUGUUAUUUUAGAGAUUGCCUUCCAUCAUGGGCAAUGACUGUAGUCUAGCUGCUGUGAACAGAAAGGACAUUUAUUCUUUAGAUUGAAGCGUAGAAUAUGGGGUCAAAUAUGGUUAUAAUAACCAUUCAGCGGACAUUCAGCCCCUGUAUAUUGGCGAAGAGGGUGGCUGUAUUUAAGUUUUUGGGUGUUACCAUCGAGCAGAGUAUGACCUGGAGUGCGAUUACCACUGCUCUGGUGAAGAAGGCCCAGCAGAGAAUAUAUUUCCUUAGACUUUUUUUUAAAAAGAACAAGCUGAGUGAGAGGCUGCUGGUGUCCUCCUACCGAGGCUCCAUAGAGAGCGUUCUUACAUACUGUAUCUCUGCUUGGUUUUCCAGCUGCACAGUCAUGGAUAGGAAAGUGCUCCAGAAGGUCAUAACCACAGCCCAAAAG